CAAGUCUAUCUGCUUCAUUGUUUACAUUCCUAUUUACAUAUUUGAUAUCUACCAAAAAAUUAGUACCCAAAAAAGCAAGUACAUCUAUUAAGAUCUUCUUUGUUUUAGCUUGCUUUCCAACCAAAAAAUUAACGACCUACUUGCAGUCUGAACUAACUUUGAUACGUCUUUCGUUUUGCUCCCUCGCCCAUUCUACUGCUUUCGUUACAGCUAGUACUUCUGCUGCUGUUGCACUGGUUGUUCUUCCACAAAAACUUUGAUGUCAGCAACACCAUUAUUUUUCCAAAAAAUUAAAUCUAACCCAUAAGAACCAUCUAUUUCGUCAAAUGCCGCACCAAUAAGGAAGAAAACUUUGAUUUUUUUUGAACCAGCAGUAGAAGAAAACUCAAAUUUACUAGUCUAGCUUUGUUCAAUAGUUUUGAAAUUAGAAUCAAAAUUUGUCCGACUUGACAACGUACGCGAGUGCCGGUAUUACUACUACUUACUAAAUUAAACAGCUAUGCUCAGAAUUGAGACUCAUCAGGAAGAGAAAGAGAACAAGGAAAGACAAGAGGAGAAUAGUAUGUCAAUGGGUGGUGGUGGUGUACUAACGAGACAAACAUCGAAUGGAGCAAAGAUCAAUUGUCUAUGCUCGCCAACUACACAUGCUGGUUCAUUUCGUUGCAGAUUUCACCGUGCACACAACAGUACUAAUGCAAGUUUUCAACGUAUUAAAAGCAUUGAUACUCCAACGAUUCUCCGCGAGUCACCUCCGGCUCCCAGGGCUACAAAUGAACAUGAAAUUGAACUUCCCAUGAACAUAAACUAGUUCAUAAUGAUUUUCUAUAUGUAUGUACAAACCUCUCUUUCUAUUUCUAGCAAGUGAAAGCUAUGUGUUGAUUUUGUUUGUGAAAGUACUGAAUCUGUGAAUAACUGGGUCUUGAAUAUCUUAAACAUAUCAAUCGCUCUCAUGAAUCCAGAACAGGUUAUUGAUAUAGUUGAAGUUCUGGAUCUUUUGGUUAGGUGAUCUUGGCAAAUCCCAAGAAGGUUUUACUGUACUUCAUCACUGGAAAUUUCUAGAUAAUUCCAAAUGCAUU